AUGGUCAAGGUACGAAAGCCUUCAAGGUCCAAAAAGGCCCGGAUAAAGACAAAACCGGGCCAGCAAAGAAAUUCAGACGUCAAAUACGAGUCCCCCAAAGAUCAACUAAACUCCCCCUUGGAUGAACAGGAACCAACAGAUCAAGCACCUCAGAGGGUAAAUCAGGAAUGGUCAAAUCUGACAACAGAAUUCUCCGAAAGCUUGAGAGAAUUGCUCAGUUCAAACAUGGAAGCCGUUAGUAUGGGUAUAAGCAAUAGUACGCGCAGCCAGCGGAUAAGCAGACUCUUUCUUGAGGAACUGGUUGAAAGCUUAGUUCAGGAACUAACUACAGUUCGGAUACCGUCUUUCGGACCCAACACUUCACUGUCUGUUGGUGAUCUGGAGGAAAUUAACGUUAACUUAAAAUCCAAUUUAAGCGCAAACUUAGAACAAUUGACAAAAUUAGAGAGCGAACUACACACUCAAGAGUCAUUGUACCAGCAAGACCUUGAAUAUUUUCAAGAGUUUGAAGAGUCUAUAACCAAAGAAAUAAAAGAGAUGGAAAGAAAGUCCAAGGGCUUGAAACUAAACCUCACGGAAGAGUCAGAUUUCGCAAUUCACAAAAGGCCUUCCGAACACAAAAGUAUCUACAGUGUAAACCAAGACAAGCAACUGAAGAAUGUAAGACAACAAUUGAGCAAGCACGUCAAUUCCAUAGAAAGCAAUGUGUCACAGUUAUAUGACUUGGUCGAAAAUGUCGAAAGAUUGUCAAACCUAAUAGACAUUAUCGGUAUCUGA